UGCCGGGCGGCUCUGCCCCCCCGCUGCCCCCGCCGCACCGGGCGCGCCCGCGGAGCGCACGGAGGGACCCGCACCGGAUCCCAGAGGCUGAAGUCACCGGUGUGAGCAUCCCGAAGCUUUGCACCCACCGCAGGGGGACCGUCUGCCCCCCGAAAGGAUGCGCUGGCGCCUGUGAGAGGGAUUUUGUGGGGAGCGGAGCCACCCUGCACGGGGAAUGAGACCAGGCAACUCGUCACACAGGUCCGGCCCACCCGUGGUUUCGGCGAUGCUGCCAGGGAAAGCGGAGAAGAGGAUGGUUUCAUCAGUCUUCAUCACCCUGGUGCCACCACGGAGGGAGGUGGCCACCAAGGAGAAAACCCAAAGGGAGCCGCGGCCAGAUGGUGACAAGGUCCCAGGCACCCACCACCCCUGGACCCCGCAGCCCCGGCCCCCUGCCUUGCCCAAUGGAGAAACCUGCCCAGCAGCCCCUGUGCCUUCAUCCCCGACGGUCCUCGUCCUCUCCGAAACUCCCCAGCCCUUGUCUGCAGAGACACUGGUUCCGGCACUGCAGCAACUGGACCUUGCAGCACCCGCCGCCCUCCAGGCCCCUUCCACCCUCCCUGCCGAAUUGAGGCCGCCCAAAUUCUGCCAGGAGCAAGCGGGCAAGCCGCAGUGGCAGGAUGCGAAUUGGUACCCAGAGAGGGACAGCUCCAGAGACAUCUGCGCCUUCUGCCACAAAGCACUGGGGCCGCGGGAACCGACGGUGGAGGCGAUGGGGAAGCAGUACCACGCCGAGUGCUUCACCUGCAGGACGUGCCCCCAGCUCCUGGCUGGGCAGCGCUACUACCAGAAGGACGGGCGCCCCAUGUGCGACGCCUGCUACCAGGCUACACUGGAGAAAUGCGCCAAGUGCCAGGGGCUGAUCACGGAGAGCAUCGUCCGUGCCCUGGGCAAAGGCUUCCAUCCUGACUGCUUCUCCUGCGCUGCCUGCGGCCGGGCCAUCGGCACAGAGAGCUUCGCUGUGGACGAGCAGGACGAGGUGUACUGCGUGGCCGACUUCUACAGGAAAUACGCUGCGGUUUGCAGCGCCUGCGAGCGCCCCAUCGUCCCCCACGAUGACAAGGACACCUACAAGAUUGAGUGCCUGGGACGCAGCUUCCACGAGAGCUGCUACUGCUGCGAGAGCUGCAGGACACCCCUGUCACCAGAGAUGACAGAGAACGGGUGCUACCCCCUGGACAACCACCUCCUCUGCAAGUCCUGCCACAUCCGCUGGCGAAACGAGUCGUCCUGCUAAAACCCCGUGGUUCAACCUCCAUCUUCCAGCGCCGGACAUCAAACAGGGGGUGCAUCCACCAGGAUCCACCCUGUGGCUAGUCCUGGGUGACCACUGCACCCCCAAAUAGCUCCAGGACUGGUGUUUUCAUCACCAAAAUGCACCCGGGACCCCGACUUGCUGGGGUGGCCGGGGGAAGCGCAGAUGGAGUGUAUCUCUGUGCUCGUUAUGGACAUAAAAAGCCCUGGCAAAGCCCCAGUGACUGAGGAGCCGAGGGUUUAUUCACUCAUUUCUUUUUUUAAACUCCUUUUCCGAGGCCAGUUUGGUUUCUUGGGUGUUUUUUCUUCUUUCUUCUUGAGCUUCCUUGGGGUUUCAGUUAAACAUUUCUCUCUGCGGUGACGCAGAGCGGGCACUGAUUUAGUUACUUGCAGUUAAAUAAAACCCCGAGUUUAAA